UGGAAAGCCCCGUGCAGCGGUCCCCUGGUGAUGGCAUCCGACAGUGAUGUGAAAAUGCUGCUGAACUUUGUGAACCUGGCUUCCAGCGACAUCAAGGCCGCCCUGGACAAGUCGGCACCCUGCCGCCGCUCGGUGGAUCACCGCAAGUACCUGCAGAAGCAACUCAAGCGCUUCUCCCAGAAGUGCUCUCGGCUCCCGCGGGGCCUCCCUGGCCGAGCUGCCGAGCCCCACCUGAAAAGGGGGUCUGAGGACAGGCCAGCGAGGCUGCCCCUCCAAUGUCACCAGCCUAGCCCCGGUGGGGUUGGGGGCUGCCAGGAGAAGGCUCUGGGGAGCCCCGACAGGGGAGAGUAUCUGUCUGGGCAGCAGGAGCAGGGCCUGCAUGGGCAGAGCCUAGAAGCUGCCCGGCCUGGCCAGGUGCCCAUGAGGAAAAGACAGCUGCCCGCCUCCUUCUGGGAGGAGCCUCGGCCCGCCCACAGCUUCCCCUUGGGGCUGGAGGGGGGCCUGGGCCCCAGGGAGGGACCUCCCUACAAGUGUAAGAAAACGUGCCAGGGCUUGGAGUCUUUGGGGCCCGAGACAGCCCCGGUGUGCCUGUCCCCAAGGGCACUGGUAGAGGAGACGCUCCGAAUGCCUGGGGUCUCCCUGGUGGGUCAUGUCAACGCCUGGAGCUGCUGCUCCCUCCAGUACCAUGGACAGCCCAUGUACCCGGGCCCUGUGGGUGUGCUGCCUCAGGGGUCUGUGCCCAGCCUGGGCCUGUGGAGGACAAGCCCUGUCUCCCCUGGGGAGCUGGCCCCCUGCUGCAAAGAUGUAGAUGGACCAGGACAGAAGGUGUACCGCCCUGUGGUCCUGAAGCCCAUCCCCACCAAGCCAGCUGUGCCCCCGCCCAUCUUCCAUGUCUUUGGCUCCCUCUAG